CCUCAACCGUCUGGACACUCUGCUUGCUCCAUGACCGCACAAAACCCCCAACUGGAAAUCUCGAGGGGGUGGAUCGCUAUUUCUAUUUCUGCGCUUUGCCAUGAAUUGGGUCAGUAGGGUUCCGGGAGAAUAGCAUCCACUUGCCUUGUGUCGAACUCGAAAUCGGGUAAAUCUUCAGAUGUUACUUGCGGUAGACGCGUCUUGUGGGAGACUUCCCACUAAUGGCGAUUGGCGAAACCAGCAAUGGGUGGAGACCACUAAUCUGUCCUGCUAGAUAGUCGCGAGUGGAGGGUGCUUUUUCCAUUUCGAACCUGGCAUGCUCUGCUGUCUCAUUGGACCUUCAUGGACUCUGUCGCUCCAAGGAAGUUUAAAUUUGAGUAGUUGCUUUACGCACGUACCAUCUUUUAGAAUGUUCAUGGCAGAAUAGCAUGUAUUCUUGCAUUAUUCCUGCAUUAUUCUUGCAGCGUUCUUGGAGCAUUUUCUUCCUCCAAGCACUAGAGUCUGUUUCGACUGCUUGAGAAAACCUUCGUUGACAGUUUGCUUCUGAUCCUUCAGCUGGUGUUUGCUCAUCUGCCAUUUCUAUCAUCGCGAAAUAGUUGUUUAAGUUGCGGAAUCCGAUUCUUUGUUUUAUGUUCUAGUUGGAGGCGCGCCAGCUCUCGCAUUCCCCGUUCGCAGUUUCGUGCGACCUUCUAACAGAAGUAUUGAAGGGGUUUCAGCAAUGCCCACAAUCGACAUUCACAAUGGCUCUAAAGAGCUUAACGAUGAGGUUAAGUCACUGGGAAAACAGUUUUCUGUUAAUGAGACCUGGGAACACUCAACACAAAUUUUCGAGUAUACGAGCUCAGCAAAUCCUUACAUGAUUCCCAUUCCCAUCCAGAAGCUCGAUGCAACGGAGCACAUGUCUGGACCCACUAGAGUGACUGCUUUGGAUAUUAGCAAAGCAAUAGGCAUUGAAGGAUAUCCUGCUACCUCCCCAAAUCUUCUGGCAUCAUUUGUACGAAUCUGUAUUGGCGAAUCGGUGACUACAAAUGCAUGCGCCACAUCUCAGGCUUUUUAUGUAAUCCAUGGUCGGGGCCGAUCCCAGAACGGAUUGGGUGUUGUGGAGUGGAGCACAGGGGACCUCUUCGUCUUUCCCUCCAGCACGGAAGAAAUGCCUUGCACUCACUUUUGUCUAGAUGACGAGGAGGAGCAAAGCGGAGGCGCAGGUUUAUACUGGGUAUCAGAUGCUCCUUUGCUAAACUAUCUUGGGGUUGUACCCAGAGUUAAGAAGUUCAAACCAGCUUACUUCAGUCGGCAGGUAUUGCUUGAUAACGUGGAGAACGUACGGCAUGAACCUGGAGCGAAGCACCGUAACCGACUGGGCAUCUUACUGGGCAACGAAUCAACACCUGAGACCAAGACAUUAUCCCAUGUUCUGUGGUCGUUGUUGAAUGUUUUACCUGCUGGGGAAGUUCAGAGACCGCAUCGACACAAUUCAGUUGCUUUAGACCUGGCCGUGCGUGCUGCUCCAGGGACGUACACACUGAUGGGCAAAGAGCUCGAUAGCGAGGGAUGGGUUAAGGAUCCGAUCAGGGUGGAUUGGACGACAGGAGCUGUCUUUAUAACGCCACCCGGUUGGUGGCACAGCCAUCACAACGAGUCGUGUGAGGAAGCAUGGGUAUUACCCAUCCAAGAUGCUGGCCUUUACACCCACCAGCGUACACUGGACAUCCGAUUUGCAGACGAAGUUGCAGCGGCAAAAAUGCGCGUAAAAGAUUUUUCUGAACAGCAAUAAUGAGCAUUUUGUGAGAAUGAUGCACUUUCCUCCUAGAGCAUGCAGUGACUUCAGCCAUUGGAGCGGUAAUUCCUAGCUCAAUAUUAUUUACAUAUUUAUCUUGAUUACAAUGGACCCAGGAAUUUUAGUGUACAUCAGGGAAGUGGGUGUAUUGAGCAUGUACAUAUUUGUGCCUCAAAGAGAGUUUGCGGCUGUUAGUGGCAAAGGCUAAGAAAUAGUAGGCUAUUCCUUAGCCUUUGCAACACAGCUCUACAAUUCAAUACUUGACUAAUGAUGUAGCGCUUUAACAGCAAUCAAGAAUUAUUUGGGCAGAAAUUAGAAGAUGCAUAAUCUAGAUAAAUCUUUUUAAUACUGUUAAGACACAUAUAUUCUGUGGGAAUACUUCAAAGAGAACACAAUUAUCACUAGAAUGACAUACUAAUAAGAUAGUAAGGGAUGAUCAUUAUUAGAACGACAUACAAAUAGAAACAUCUUGCUUUUAUAUUCUUUAUUGCUUGUGAUACAGAAUUAAUUUCGCGUAAUAAAGUCGUACUCCAGAAAA